UAAAUGUAGAAUCUGCGGAAAGAGUAUCGGCAAAAAGAGUCAGGAUCGUCCUGUUGCCCGAAGCGCGAGGACGAGCGAAAGAUCGCUGUGCGAAAUCUUUCGUUGGCAGUGGAACCGGGUGAAGUUCUGGGCUUACUAGGCCAUAACGGCGCCGGUAAGACAACGACGAUGAAGAUUAUUAUCGCCGAAGAAGCGCCGACGAAAGGCAGGGUACAGAUUAGCGGCCAUAAUAUCAAUACUCAUAUGACGGAAGCUUUCCGACAGAUGGGUUAUUGCCCUCAGCACGAUGCUCAAUGGAAGAAUAUUACCGUGCGAGAGCAUCUGGAAUGCUACGCCGCGAUUCGCGGAGUUCCAUGGAGUGAAGUUGACAG